UAUUCAGAUUGCGGUCACUCUGCAACUUGUCAGACACAUUUCCGAGCUCUUUAGCAAAAAAACGUUAAAUUACAGUUAAAUUAAAUACACAAUUGUAUCAAAACGUUUCAGAAAGUUUUUAUUUUAGGCUGUGGUUUCUUUUUAUUGUCGUAUGUCCAUCCAGAAUUUAAACACUCGUGACCCCUUUGCUGAUGCAAUCAAGGGCAAUGAUGAUGAUAUUCAAGACGGACUCGUGCACAUAAGAAUCCAACAGAGGAACGGUCGUAAGACAUUGACCACUGUUCAGGGCUUAUCCGCGGAAUAUGACUUGAAGAAAAUAGUCCGCUCCUGUAAAAAGGAAUUUGCUUGCAAUGGGACUGUAAUUGAGCAUCCGGAGUACGGAGAAGUUCUUCAACUCCAGGGCGAUCAGCGUGAAAACAUCUGCCAAUGGUUGACCAAGGUGGGUCUAGCGAAGCCUGAUCAAUUGAAAGUUCACGGUUUCUAAACUGCUGAUGCCAAGGAGGAACAAACAGAGGUGGUGUGGAUUUUCAUACGAGUCUUACAUACACAUAAAUAUAUACAUUUAACACAAAUACAUAUAUACCAAACUUGCUAAAGUUAUUUGUUCCGAUUACAACUACAAAAACUCCUCUCUUGAUAACAAAACAUUUAUAUAAAGACAAGCAAUAGACCAUUAACAGCGAACAAUGUUAAUCAUAAAAGUUAAAUAAAAUUAAAUGUUCAUUUUAAUUAAAAA